GGAUCCAUAAAAACACACAUAAUCCCUCAACUAAUUCAAUUCUCCAUCUUUUACAAAUCUUCAAAAAAAGUUUUUUUACUUUUUCAAAAAAAAAAAAAAAGAUGAGAAAUAUUUCAUUUAGUGAUGAAGAACAAAGUGAUUCAUUGCCAAAAACAGCCACUUUAUGGUGGAGAACACCACAAGAUUUUGAUGAAAAUGGUCAUCUUAAAAUUGACAUUUCUGAUCUAUCAAAACUCACACCAAGGCUUAAAAUCCUUAGAGAAAUGGAGAGAUUAGCUUUUAUUUCUACUGAAGGACUUGAAGAUCUUAGACACAAACUUAUUAGUUACAGGGCAGGGGAUUUUUGGUUACCAAUAGGAGGGAUAAAGAAGGAAGAUAUGGAAAUACCACCAGUGAUCACAAUUUUACUAGUUGGAUUAUCUGCUUCUGGAAAAAGUUCACUUAUUAAUUACAUGUAUAGUGUUCUUGGUAGAUCUGGUCUCAUCCCUUUUGCUCAAACAUCAAGUGGGAAUUCACACUAUACAACUAUGUUUUUGGAAGAACACAAUGUGUUGAGAUCAAUGAGAAGUGGAUUUUGUGUGUAUGAUACAAGGGGAUUAGAUACUAAUGAUAUGAUUGAGGGAUUAGAUGAAGUUUCUACAUGGAUGACACGUGGCGUUCGACAUAAUCAACCUUGUUUUCGACACGAUGAUUAUAACAAUAAUAAUAAGAUUUCAAAUAAAAGGUACACUAAGAGGGAUGUUGAUUGUGCAAUAAUUGUGGCUGAUUUAUCAGAGAUUAACAAAGCUUUUAACUCUGGAGAUUUGAAGGACGUAGUCGCCUUGAAGAGCCUUUUCAACAAUUCUUCUAUAAGGAAAUCAAAUGAGAAUCCAUUGCUAAUCUUGACACACGGUGACACGAUUAGCACGGAGGAGAGGAUCAAUAGCCGGCUGAAAAUAUGCGAAUUUCUAGGUAUACCGGAGACAACAGGGGUCUACGAUAUAGCGUGUUUGACUGAGCAGGGAAUAUUACCAGAUGAAUCAGAUCCAGUAACAGCAUUUGCCCUAACUGAAGCUGUGUAUAGAUCACUAAUGCAAUCUGAUAGAAAUCAUCAGCCAAAGAAGAAAUUGAAGGAUUGGAUUGUGCUGUUUUUGACAUGGAUCUUGUGUUGCAUUGGUGCCUUCUUUGCAAUUCUUGCAAAUUUCUUCUCAAAAUGUAGUCAACCUCACAACAAAAGACUCAAGUAUUAGAAGUAUAAUAUUGCACGGUAAGUCUGCGUACAAUAGACCUUUUGUGGUUCGACAAUCUUUUUCUGUGGACUCUGCACAUAGCAGGAGCUUAGUGCAAUGAACUGUCUUUUUACUCUCUAUUUAGGGUUCAUGAGUGUCAGAGCUUACAUGUAUCGAAAGGAGUUCAAUUUGUUGUUAUGUUGUGUGUGCAAAUAGGGUCGGUUUGAAAUUGUUUUAGGUUGCAUGUUCAAAUUUCAUAUGUGGCGUUUUUGCAAUUUUUUUUAUUCUGACCCUUAGAAUUUCUGACUCCGUCACGGAUUAAAUUUGUUUGAGGGGAUCUCCUUUUGUUGUUGUUGUAAUUCUUUGGGGCUUGUUGAUAUGUUGUAUGUAGGUGCGUUUGGUUGAAUGAAAUUUAAUGUCUAGCUAACAAAAAAUUGUGAUAAGUUUUUUAUGAAUGGUUUUGAGUAGCUCAA